AUGGAUAUGGUGUGCAAUUUUCGUAAGUGCAGACGUUCUCUUGCGAAUCAAGCUUGGGUGACAACAUGUUCGCACGCAUUUUGUGUAGAGCACGGCCAAAAAGAAUUCAGGAGAAAUGCUGAGAAUUCUUUAACAUGUCCCGCUUGCGGGAACGAAUUGCGAGAUAAAUUUGAUGUUAUUCAAGCAGAUCUCAAGCCUACUGAAACAUUUAAAUCGAUCGUGUUAGCCGGAUUGAAACCAGAUACUAUUAUGGAUGUGGCUAUGCGAGCUAUGUCUUUUUGGUCAUACCAAGUGGAGCAAGAGACUCUUUACCAAGAAAGUAUGGCGAAACAUGCACGUGAAAAACUACAGUGCCUCGACGAAGUCAAUAGUUUAAACUUGCAGAAGUUAAAAGCAGAAUUAGAGAAUUGUAAACGCAAGAUUGUCUCCUUGCAAACAGAAUACAACAAGAAACGAAAACAGGCUGAGGAGCUAACAGCUUCUCUGGAAGAAAAAAGUAGAAAAAUUCAAAAGCUAACUUAUCAGUUGGAGACUCAAAAAAGAAAACACAUUCGGGGCAAUUUUGCAGGAAACAAUCAAGAAAAGUGUUUAGAUAUAUCAGAUUUGGUCGGCAAUAGAGCAGUUUCUGAAGAUUUUGUAUUUAGGCCGAUGAAGGAAACGGAUGACUCUCAUCAUCAGAUAUGUUCACCGAAAACACCUAUGUUUGAUUUUCGAAAUAAAAGCAGAAAGAAACACCAUUUUCAGUUCCGACCUGUGCCGUCAUAG